AUGUUCGCCGUGGACACCACCGAGGAGUUGCCCGCGACCGAGGCCACCAAGUUCAGGACCAUGCUGGGGAAGGUGCUCUAUAUGAGCAACGAGCGGCCCGACGCCCAGGCCCUCUCAGACAGCAACUUCGCGAAUGACCGCGAGACCCGAAAGAGCCUGAGCAGCGGCCAGAUCUACAUCGACCAGGCCCUCAUGUAUAGCUUUGUUCGGGGCCAGAAGGUGGUGACUUUGAGCUCGGGAGAAGCCGAGCUGGUGGCGCUGACACAGGCAACAAGUGAGGCGAUCCUCGUGCACAAGGCCUGGAAGUGGGUCACCAAGGAGGCCGCUGAGCUGGGCAAUCGCCAGCCGGUUGGGAGUUGGACGUGUGCGCCACCUCCAGACGAGCUGCUUGUGGAUCCACCAGUGGGUGGCGAGCAAGCUCCUCAGAGUCGCGGUGGUGCCGACCCAGUUCAACCCCAGCGACAUGGGAACGAAGAGCCUCCAGCACAGGAGGUUGCGGAUGCUCUGCUUCUUGGCUGGUGUGGUGGACGACCAUGGCGAGAGAUCGGGCAGACCGAGCAUACAGACGCUACGGGCCAAGAGGUGCUGGGACGCAGAGGCGGCGGUGGCGUUGCAAGGGUGCGUGGCCGACGACAACGACCGGACACACGAUACGUGGUGGAGAUCUUCUAUGCGAACCCCUUGGUGAUGGUGCUGCUGGUGGUGAUUUACAUGUUGGUCACCAGCCGGUGGAGUUUCACAGCUUGGAGGUGGCGACAAAGGCCCGAACAGGCCCACGGGAAGGACAAGGGCACGGAGACGGAGGAGAGGGACUCAGGAGCCCCAGCUGAGCAGCUGGAUCCUGGCUACGGGGUCUUACCGGGACACCGUGACGGGCGCGGCGGCCAGAUCCUCGAAUCCUCGACCUCUACUACCGGACCCACGGCUACCAGAGCGCAGCAGCGAGUGACCCUUGCUGAGCAGCGUAGGGGUUUGCUAGAGAGUGCUUUGGAGCUCCUGACGGAGCAAGAGCUGGGAGAAAUGGUUUGGACCACCAGCUCCGCAUACGCCUAUCACAGGAGAACGUGUGGCAAUAUCCGCCACUCCGCCCGUGUGAGUUCCCGAACGGCCAGGGAUGCGAUUAGGCUGGGCAAAGCCGCUUGUAAUCAGUGCUACGCAGACCACUUUUGCCCAGUUGUGCACCAACGGUUUCCUGGCCAGGGUCUGUGA